AUGUGUUACUAUGGCAGCUACUAUGGAGGCCUGGGCUACGGCUAUGGUGGCCUAGGCUAUGGCUAUGGCUGUGGCUAUGGUGGCUAUGGUGGCUAUGGUGGCUAUGGUUAUGGUUGUUACCGCCCACUGUGCUAUAGAAGGUACUGGUCCUGCGGCUUCUACUGA